CGGGUCGAGAUGGUGAAGCUGUUCAUCGGGAACCUGCCGCGGGAGGCGACGGAGCAGGAGAUCCGCUCCCUCUUCGAGCAGUACGGGAAGGUGCUGGAGUGCGACAUCAUCAAGAACUACGGCUUCGUCCACAUCGAGGACAAGACGGCGGCCGAGGACGCCAUC